GACAGAUCUAAGUGUUCGAAGCGCUCAUGUUGUGAGUAUCCUUAAAUAAAAAUGUGACAAUCCUUCAGAGCACUGACAUUUUAUCACUCAAAAUUUGUGCUGUUUCAUGCUUAAGAGAUUGUCCAAGAUUUGACGUAUAACGAAAAACGCAAAAUCACAAAGAAGAAAUUAACGAUGAGUGGACCAAUAUUCGGUAAUAAUUCCUCGACUGGUAGUUCGGGAGGUAAUCGCCAUUUGGUGGAAUUCAGAGCUGGUCGCAUGAAUAUGGUCGGUAAGAUGGUGAAUCCCGACACACGUAAAGGUAUGGUCUAUUUGUACCAAGCCGAGGAUCAAUUGAUUCAUUUCUGCUGGAAAGAUCGAUCAAAUGGAAAAGUUGAAGAUGAUCUUAUCAUCUUUCCCGAUGAUUGUGAAUUUAAACGCAUCGAUCAGUGCAAAACUGGCCGUGUGUUUCUGUUGAAAUUUAAGUCUUCGUCAAGGCGAUUAUUCUUUUGGAUGCAAGAACCGAAGACCGAUAAAGACGAAGAAUACUGUCGUCGUGUCAAUGACAUUAUGAAUAAUCCACCAUCGGCAAGCACUUUGUCAUCAUCACGGGCCGGCGAAAGCAAUGACUUGCAAUAUAUGCUCAACAAUAUGUCGCAGAUGCAACUGAUGCAAUUGUUCGGAGGCGUUGGACAAAUGGGCGGCUUGAGUAAUUUAUUGGGAUCGAUACACCGUCCAUCUGAUAGCGCAAGAACUUCUGCUCGGACAUCGACUACAUCGACACCACCAACAUCUGCAACUCCAGCAACUACAGCAGUAACAUCGGCUGCAACACCAGAAACUCCAAACAAUGCUGUACCUGUUACUACACCCUCAGCACCUAGAAAAAAUGACACUGGUGGCAAGAAAGACGAUGUAUCGAAAGUGUUAUUGUCGGAGCUCCAAAGCUUUUUGUCCGGCUUGAAAACAUCGGAUGGUGCAGGUGGAUCAUCUACAAAUGGCCGAAACAUUGACCUGUCAACGGCAGUAAAUGCAGAGACUGUUAGCUUUUUGACAGAUGCGGAACGUACUGAAAAUUUGUUAGCUCAUUUGCCAAAUAUUGACAGCGAUGACAACGCAAAAGAACAACUUCGAGAGACCAUUACAUCGCCGCAAUUUCAGCAAGCACUUUCGAUGUUCUCCUCCGCAUUACAAUCUGGUCAACUUGGGCCCGUUGUUUCACAAUUUCAAUUGAACGAUGAGGCCGUGGCAGCUGCUUCAGCCGGUGACCUGGAGCAAUUCGUUAAGGCGUUGGAAAAGAAUGCUAAAGAAAUUGUUGCCAAAGCUACCGAAAAGGAGCAGGAGCAAAAGAAAGACGAUGCUGCAAUGGAAGAGGACAAAAAUGGAUCAACCUAAUUUUUCAAUAUUGGCCUCUGUCCAUCCUCUAAUAGAUUUUGAUUUACGUUUUCUUUGUCUCCUUCUUGCGUUAAAGUUUUUUCAAAUUUCAAAAACUAAAAACUUUAUUUAGAAUUAACCGGGUGUUCCAUAAAUGCAGUAAAUAAAAAUAUUUCGCUUUGAUAA